AUGGAACUAGACACAGGAUCGGCCGUGUCCAUUUUGCCAUAUGACAUGUUCUUGGAAAGAUUUUGCGACAAGAAGUUAGAGAAAACAACCACCGUACUAAAGAUCUAUACUGGUGAACUGAUUGUUCCAGUUGGUUGCCUUACCAUGCAAGUUGAAUACUUAGAUCAAUCAUGUCAAUUGCCAUUCCAUGUAGUCCAGACUAAGGGUCCAGUGUUAAUGGGUCGAGAGUGGCUUCACAAGCUUCGCCUCGACUGGAAAACCAUUAAGUUGUUGAAAUCCUCAGAUUUCAGCCAUAGAAACCCUGGCACGACUACACAAGAGAAGCUGAAAAACCUAUUGGAUACGUAUGCAGAGGUUUUUGAAGACAAGCUGGGAACUUUCAAGUCUGCCAAAGCAAGGAUAACCCUCAAAGAAGGUAGUCAACCACAGUUUCGCAAAGCUCGUCAGGUCCCAUAUUCCUUACGACCGAAAGGGGAGGAAGAACUGAAGAGACUUCAGAGCGAAGGUAUUUUGUCGAAAGUAGAGUGGAGUGAUUGGGCGACACCGAUUGUACCAGUGCCGAAACAUGAUGGUUCAGUCCGUAUUUGUGUUGACUUCAAAGGUACUAUAAACCCAACACUACAAGCAGAACAGUAUCCUCUGCCUCGAAUCGAAGAUAUCUUUGCCCAUUUAGCUGGUGGGAAAAAGUUUUCCAAGAUCGACCUCCGACAAGCUUACCAUCAGAUUGAGCUGGAGGAAGAAUCCAAGAAGUACCUUACAAUUAAUACGUCCAUGGGCUUGUUUCAAUACAAUCGAUUGGUGUUUGGUAUUACCUCAGCUCCCGCCAUUUGGCAGCGUACCAUGGAUCAGAUUCUGGAAGGAACUUCUGGUAUUAGUUAUAUCCUAGAUGAUAUGAUUGUGACGGGUAAAAGCGACGCAGAGCAUAUGGCUAACCUGGAGGAGGUCCUUCGACGGCUGCACCACCAUGGGUUAAGAGCCAAUAAAUCGAAGUGUGAGUUCUUCAAAGAAAAGAUCACGUUCUGUGGCCACGACAUUAAUAGUGAAGGCCUGUACAAGACCACCGACAAGACAGCUGCAAUGGUGAAUGCCCCUCGCCCCCAGAGUGUUGCAGAGGUACGCUCCUUCCUGGGAUUGGUGAACUAUUACCACAAAUUCCUGCCAAACCUUGCUACAAUCUUGCAUCCAUUGAACCAAAUGCUGGAAAGUAACUACCAAUGGAACUGGACAGAUCAAUGCGAAGAAGCCUUUUGCAAAGUUAAAGCAAUGAUUGUUUCAGAUCUGGUGCUUACACAUUAUGAUCCUAACCUUCCCUUACAACUGGCUUGUGAUGCUUCACCUAUAGGAAUUGGAGCGGUACUGUCCCAUGUCAUGACAGACGGCACAGAGCGCCCGAUAGCGUUUGCAUCGAGAUCCCUGUCGAAGGCGGAGCGCAACUACGCACAGAUAGAUAAAGAAGCACUGGCUACAGUGGAGGGAGUCAAGAAAUUCCACAAUUACCUUUUCGGUAGGAACUUUACCUUACUGACUGAUCAUGAGCCUCUCACUUCAAUCUUUCAUUCCAGCAAAAGCCUUCCUGUUGUCACUGCUGCUAGAUUACAACGCUACGCUUUGUUCUUGGUGGGUUUUGACUAUACAAUUAGAUACAAGAACACUAAGUUACACGGGAAUGCGGAUGGUUUGUCUCGAUUACCCUUGCAUAGUGAGACAACAGAAGAAGAGCCAGAUCCAGUGGGUCUCUUCUAUGACACGCAGUUUGAGCCUUUGCCAGUCACAGCAGAACAGGUCAAACGAGAAACACAGAGAGAUCCUCUAUUGGCGAAGGUCCAUGAGUUGGUUAUGAAAGGAUGGUCCACUCCACAAGAUGGAUUAAACCGUUUUACCAGCGGAAAGACGAACUGA